AUCAGCUGUGUCCAAUCACAGCGGAUCACAUGGCACUGAUGAUCAGUGUGCCCAGAUGAUCAGUGUGGCCCCAGAAGUGCCACUUGUCAGUGUCCAUCAGUGCCAGCAGUCAGUGUCCAUCAGUGCCAGCAUCAGUGCUCAUCAUGCCUCGUGCCAGUGCCCAUCAGUGCCACAUAUCAGUGCCUACCAGUGCACAUCAAUGCCACAUAUCAGUGCCCAUCUGAGCUGCCUUUCAGUGUCAUCCAUCAGUGCCAGUCAGUGCCACCUAUCAAUGCCAAUCAGUGCCCUAACGGUGCCGCCGCCUAACGGUGCCAGUCAGUGCCGCCUAUCAGUGCUGCCUGUC